CGCCGCCGAAAUUUCCCGCCAAUGUCGAGGAUUCCCGCCAUCAGUCGCGAGCGGCGAACGCUUCCUGCCGGGGCAAGGUCCCACUUGCACGGAGUAAGAGAUUCUGGCCGUUGAUCUUUGCUAUCUACGGUCAAUAUCGCUUAAUUCGUGUAAGUAAGUGGGACCUAGCCCCCGCUCUCAGGUAACCAAUUAUGGCAUGAUUUAUACUGUUCUUGCAGGGCAGGGCAGCGCAGCGCAGGGAUUUCGCCGCUACCUGUCUGAAGACGGGCAAUCGAAAAGUCUGUCUAUAGAUCGGAUGAUCGAAAGGCGUGAUCUGAGCUGUAAUCAUCUCGCACCCGGCGCCCACACCUGGUGAUGCUCAGGUGGUCUUAUCUGCUCUUCGUUUUCUGAUGAUGAUGAGGCUCAGGUGUUCAUCUCAACUAGUCUUCGUUUCCCCGGGGCAAGGCCCCACUUGCGCAAAUUAGGAGAUUUCGGCCGUUGAUCCUUGCUAUCUACGGUCAGUACCUCUUAAUUCGUGCAAGUGGGACCUAGCCCCCCCCGUAUAGACUCGUGAUCAAAAGGCGUCUGUCUGUCUCCGUACUGCCCUUCGUUGGGGUCCUUACCCUCAUAUUCGGUGGUGUUUGCGCGCGCACUGUCUUCGUCCUUUCUUUCUCCUCUCGUCUUCUUCGUUCCCUCUUUUCCUCUUUUUUUCUUCUGUGGGCCCCGCUGGAUCAUUCCAUCCUUCCUUGGUGGAUUGAUCUUUUCAGACUUGUGGAACAGGGAUAUUAUCAUGCGGGACUUCAACAACAACAGCGGGCAACGUAAUUGUGAAAGCAACGAAGUGUCGCCGAAUGAGAGGAUCGCGAUGGUGGAAGACGAAGGCGGCAAGGAUCAAACGGUGAAAUCGCUCUCAAGUUUGCCGGCGGAGAUUCUGACGACUGUCAUUUCAUUACUGUCAGUCCAGGAUGUAUGCGCGUUGUCGUGUUGCUCACGCUUUUGGCGCGCUGUGUGUAGCGGCGAUGAAGUCUGGAUUCAACUGUAUUCCAGGCAAUGGCCUUUGGCUGAAGUAGAUUCGAAUUCGUGUUUUCUGACGGGAGGAACAGACAAGAAGGGAAGGAGGGACUUGCGAGGAGCAUCGCCAUCGUCGUCGUCUUCAUCGUCUUUCCAUUCGGCUUCGUCUUCGGCUUCCUCGUCGUCGUCUUCGCGGUCUUACCGCGCGGGGUCGUCAUCAUCGGUAGCAUCAUCUUGUUCAUCGAUCGGAAGCGUGGAUGGAAGAAGAGGAGGAGCGGGGGGUGGACACGGUGGAGGGGAUAGCUGGGGCGCUUCAAGCUAUGGCGGUGGUCGGACGCGGGGUAGUGCAACUCGCGGAGAGGUAUCUUCUGCGGAGUCGAUCGCGGUCGUCUCCAGUCGGCAUGACCUGGAAAGGAGGGGAUUUGUUGCCGGCUGUGGACAGGGUUCUUGGCGGCUGGCGUACAUGACACAGCGUAUAGGAGUUGCUGAGAAGGCAAGGAGGGCCAUGAAUAUUCUGAGAGAGCACAGUGUGAGGGAGUCGGUGGAGAUUGGGGACUACCGAAGAGCACUUGCAGAGCUUCACGGCUUCAUUUCCUUCAAUGAUGUCGUAGAACACCUGCUCAAGGAGCGCCACAGCGUCCUUGUCAAUCUCCUGGGGCUGCACUUUGCUGUCCUGCACCUCGGAGUAUCGGUGGAUGAUGUGUUACGGGCGCUGAAGAGAGGGGGGGUCGCAAACAGGAAAGUCUGUGUGAGGUUAUGGUCAAUUGGUGGCCUGGUUAUGGGUUACCGUCGACGGGAUGAAAUGCAGGUUAUCAAUAAACAGCUUGCGGACUGCUGCAACGAUGUGGUACACAUACUAGAGCGUGGUGCAAUGCACGAGGUGCGGCGCAUUCAGAUCUCCGCUGAUUUCCAGUCAAGUGCCUGGGUUGGAAGGGAGCAUCACUGGCAACGAUGACCGUGUAUGGUUGCUCUUCUUUCAUCGCUUUGUUGUGGCAUUCUGGUCUCUGUGGUGGUACAAGAGGAUCCAUGAUCUGGGAUUCUGGGGGCAUGACUAAGAUGCAUAGUUGAGCUGCCGGAUGCCGAAGAAUGUAACAAGUUUUUCACCCGCCGGUCUAACGACGAGUGGCUCCUCCGGCGGACGUUGUUGAUGCUUCGUCUACCAGGCUGCCUGUCAUAUUGUGGCGUGUGCCAUAAACCCUAAACCAUACCUUACAGCCGACUGACCCGGUUACGGCCGACCGACCCGGUUACGGCCGACCGACCCGGUUACGGCCGAUCGACCUGGUUAUGACCGACCGACCCGGUUACGACCGACCGACCCGGUUACUGGGAGGUCCUCUCUUUUCCCAGGUCAUCGAUUGGAUUGGUGAUGACCUGAUCGCUACACACUCUUCUUCUGUCUGCAGAGGGUUGCCUGCUUUUUCAGGAGGAUGCCGUGGUUGAAGGGGCGGAGCCGAUGAUAGGUGAAAUCGAAGAGGGCACGCUUUUGCAAGCUGGCAUGCGUUUGAAGUGGUAGCAAUGUGUAUUGGAAUUGAACUGCCGUUCCAUUAUCUUGAAAGCAUGUUUCACCUCGAGCGUUCUACUGAAAACUCGCUCGCCCAUCUCUUGUCGUUGUUUUGUUUGCCUUCGAUAGCUAGACGAAGUCCAGUGUAGUGCAAUGAACUUGCAGAUGCGUCCGGUGUAGUGCGAUGAACUUGCAGAUUCCCAGUGGGUUGUAAACGUAACAGGGUCGUGUUUGCAAAUUCGCUGAUUUUUGGGUCCUAACCAGUAACCAUGACAGGUGUGGUCCCCCACAGGGACUGGUCUGUAAAAUACUGAAAUCCCGGAUCCGAGGUCGUUGCUACCGCCACCCAGUACCGAUGCCGUAACUGGAAAUUGCAGGCCCGUGUUGGGUUGUGUUGGGUUGUGGACUCCUAGACGUCCGUGAGUCCAGUAGGCCGUGGGGGUGGGUACGAAGAGAUGGGAAGAGUUAGUCAAGUGGCACUUUCCGUUUCCGUUGCGAUUGUGUUUUUUUUCGGUCGACGGGGGGGAUGCGCGAAUUGGAGUUCUGCUGUGGAGGUCGCCAUACGUAGGAAAGUCGCGCCAUAGCUGGUGUCGUGGGGGAAGUGGAAAUACAGCGCUGAGCGUGUGCUCGAGCGCUGACGUGGCAAUGGCAUAGCUGUGCUGUUCGGGUUAGGCGCUGCCAUCAUCUUCUUCAUGGCAGCUACCGUCUUCUUCUUCUUCUUCGAGUGAGAACCUCCUUUGUUGUUCAGGGAGCUGGCCCUGCCCCUGCUGAUUGGGUGCUGAUUGGGUGUUAGGAAUAUUGGGCUGCUCCUGAUGGGCGCAAGAGUAGGGAAGUGGCAGUGAUGGUAUGGACUCCGGAGGCUUCGGGUGUCAGUCGCUAUACCGUAGGAUGAGUGCCAUAGCCAGGGAUCCGCGGAUGAGAUGGUCGAAGGAAGGGGGAAGUCUUCUAUAGCUCGAUGAAGCUUUGUUUGAAUCUGUUCGGGGUUGUUGAAGCGCAGUUGGGAUUGGGAUUCUUGGAGUUUUGUACAUCUGAUUGAUCGGAGGAGGAAAAGAGGGGAUAAGAAAAAAAGAGGGGAUAAGAAUUGAAGUUUCACUGUCCAUUCUACUUGUGUACAUUGAGUGUCUGAUAUCUCCUUCCCUCCUGUCUUGUGUGGAUUUUGCCUCCCUCAAGUCUCUGCUUUAUCGUUGCAUGCGUGUAUGGGGGAACGUAUGGAUGUUUUUUUCGCGUAUAGAAUUUCAAUCAGUUACAUAACAGUAGUGUUUAGUGUGGAUGGAUGCUCAAGGGUGUAGCAUCCAGUCUUUGGAAUAGCAGACUGUUUACCAUAUUAAAAAGACUGAUCAGAACAGAUAGUACACUUGUUCCUAGCCAAAAAGCCGAGAAUGGUAUCUUGUGUGUUGCUAUGAUGAUAGCCGUUUGUGGUGUGCACCUUGAGCAGGCCAAUCGCAAGAGCUGGCCGCGGAGGGUGUGAUCGGAGGUACAUAGACUCGAGCAGGUGCGCAACUGAUCCUUGUCGACAUGGGAGUUCUCUUUGACAGCAUGAGAGUUGGGCCAUGAGGAUGGGAUAUGAUGUGUACAUAGACGGGACCGGGUUCGAUUGUUUCUGGCAACGAGGGUGGGAUCUGAUGUACAUACAGCGAAUGGCUUCAAUUGUUUCUCUGUCAAUCUUUCUUUCCAUUGGCAGUGAAGCAGUCAUCACCAAUAGGCAUAGACUAUAUAUAGUGUAUUGGCAUUAGUUGGGGGUCUAUGGGUUGCAAAGUGGGUACAGAUGUGGAGCCACUGCCCAUUGUGGAAGGUCCCAGUAUGUUAGAGUUGUCACCUAUAGGCAUAGACUAUAGUGCAUUGGCAUUGCUUGUGGGUUUAUUGCUUGAAAGGGGGUACUGAAGUGGAGCCACUGCCCUUUGUGGAAGGUCCCAGUAGGUUUGACCAGUGAAAGAGGAAGAAGGUAGGGAAGAAGGUGAGGUACCUGAGGUACCACCCACGAUAGCAUCGCUGUUGAAAGUGUUCGUAGAGCUUCAAGUGGUGUAGUCGAACGAGGAAUCAAGCAUAGAAUCGAGAUUGGUGACACAGGAGGUAAGACUGCAAAGAGUCAGAUUCAGAUUUAUAGUAUGGUUACAACUUCCCAGAGAACUUGAAGAGCUACCAGAAUAGUCUGAUGAACUGAUAUAGAAGGGGUGGAUAAAAAAAAAUGGACGGGGGGGUGGGUGAAGCCUACCGUUUUCUCACCUGAAUAGAACGCCCGGUCGGUAUAGCUGUAUGCGGUGCAACUCCCAGUCCAGGUCAGACCAGAUAGAACUACAAUGACUGGGCGUUCUAUUCUUCGGGUUUUCAGCCGGUAGUUCCUUCCCCCCAUGGUGUACCAAUGCUUUACAUUGCUCAGAAAGCUUCUUUAAUGACAACUCUACGUUGAAUGCGGAGAAUUGAAACGCCGUAACCAUGGAAAAUGUCGAACCAGUGCCACAGAUAUGUGCGAUCUGCUGCACUGAUCGCAGGGCUGCAAUUCCCAGAUAGACUUGAAGUUCAAGUGUAACCAGAUCGAGCCACCGCUUGAGGAUCAUCACAAAGUUGCGUUUACGACUACCUGUGGACACACUACUAAGAGUUCAAUGCGAUCGCCUUUGGGUUAACUAUCACUCACUUUUUUACACUUCAGCGACACAUGAGUGGUAUGAUUCGAGUUCAGCUCGAGAGAUUCGUUAUAGUACACCUAGAUGAUAGUUCGUGUGUAGUAAAUCCUUGUAUGCAUACUGUGAUCAUUUGCAGAAAACAUGUGUGCGUGUGUGUGUGUGUGUGUGUGUGUGUGUGUGUGUGUGUGCGUGUGCAUGGCUCAGGCAAGUGCCUUUAGGAGGGCAGCUAUGAAGAAUAGCAGGAAGGUGGAGCAGUUAGUUUGCCCUGGCAGGACCUGCACAAUAUAAUGUUUUCUUAUAAAGAUUCUGCUUUCACUCUGGUCAUCAUGAUCACCUAUCUUGUUGCUCAGGGGAGAACGGCAUCUGAGGCACUGCAGAGCAGCAUUGCAGCCUCGCCCCUUCCUCUCCCUUCUUCUCUCCCCCUUGCUUUUUAUUGAUAAAUCGCGCAGUGCUUUCUUUGGUAUGUAAUUGUGAGAUGGUCACUUCUGAGGAACAGCAGAUCCCCCGGGCAGAUGGUGCAGCAGAGGCAACGGAAAGAAUUGGGUAGGGGGAAAUCAAUUUUUACGAGCAUU